AUGACCAGCUGCUGGCAGGCGGACCCCACGAAGCGGCCCGGGUUCGACGCGCUGGUGACCUGCUUCGAGCUGCUUCUGGCAGGCUGCUGCGAGGGCGGAUACGAGCAGGUGCGGGCCGCACAGGGUGCCACAGCAGGCGGGGCCAAGGGCGCGGUGCGGCCGGCGCCAAUCGGCAGCCCGUCGCGCGGCGGGCUGCCCGGCGCGGGCGCGGGGGCGCGGGGCGGGUGCGAGGUCUGCGGGCCGCCGGCCGGCGGCGCGGGGCCGGGCGCCUUGGCGCGUCGGGCGCCCGCGCUGCAGCCGUCGCCGCCGCAGCUGCCGCCGCCGCUGCAGCAGGAGGGGGGGACGCCGCAGUCAGCGCAGCAGCCGCCGCAGCAGUCUCAAAAGGCGCCGACCAGCCCCCUGGCCCCCAAAACUUCCGGUGGCCUGGCGUCCAGCCGCUUUAUUGGCGGCUGGGACUGA